GGGCGGCCCGGAGGCCGCCGGAGGGCCUGCGCCGCCUGGUGGAAUCAUGGCGAGGUGGACCGCCUUCGCAAGUACGCCGUGUGGAACGCGGUAGCUGUGGUGAAGAUCUUGAAGAAGCGACGGAAGCACACGAACUUCGGAUUGGAGGACUCUGCUGCCGAGCGGGCGGGCUGGCUCUCGCGUCAGAGCUUCUUCUCCGGCAGCGACUUCGCGGAGCUUCACGUGGCGAUCGAGUCGCUGGGGCACAUGCUGGUGAGGUCCCAGUACGCCGAGCUCGGCGCUGGCGGCACCCCGGAGCUGCCAGCGGCUCUGCCGGACAGGGAAUCCAAGCCUUGCCCCAUCUGCCUGGAGAACAUGGUGGACACGGUGGAGCUCUCCUGCGGCCACGGGUUCUGCUGGAAGUGCUUCGUGCUGGGGCCCAUUGCCUUCCAGCCCGGGGAGUACCGCAUCACGCAGUGCCCGAUCUGCCGCAAGGAGAUGACCGCCGCGGAGCUCGGCGGCGGCGACAGCGACGGCGAGCCACGGGCGGGGCCGUGCAGGCCGGAGCGGGAGCUGACGCGCUUCCUGCACACCUACUUCCCGGUGGAGCGCCCCGGCGGCGAGGGCAGCGGGAGCGACGCGGAGAAGUCGGACAGGCUGGGCGAGCCCGGCGACGAGGACAUGCGCGACGUCGUGAGCCACCUCGUGAGGGCGCUGCUGGAGGGCGACGCCGCUCGGGCGCCCUCGGGCGCCGAGGCGCAGGAGCCGCAGGGCGGCGGCUCGUGCUCGUCCACCACCGCGUGCUCGGCGGCGGGGCCGCGCGGCGCGCCCGGCGCCGCGCCGGACGACUUCUUCAAGACGCUGCCGCAGAAGGAGGCCACAGCCUCGUUGGGGCAGGCGCAGAAGUUGUCGUGGCUGCAGCUGGCGUCCACGGGGGACCCCCUGGCGCUGGACGGUACGAUGUAUUGCUCGCUCUGCUCCGAGCCGCUGCUCAUGGAGGUGGUCUGCACGACGCCGUGCAAGCACUAUGCGGCGGGCUGGCUGGAGCUGCCGGAGUGCCCGCUGUGCGCCGCGGCACUGCCCUUCUCGUGGUUUUUGCCGGGCGACCACCCGUGCUGCGAGCACGGCUUCAAGGUGGUCCCGGCGCACGCCUAUCGCCCGCAGUUCCCCGGCGGCCCCGGCAGAGGC